CUACUCAUGCUGCCCUCCGCGAUAGUGAGCGACCUCUCAUUGUGGAACGAGCGUCGAGAUCGUAGGACGAUUGUGUUAAUAAAAUGCGCGUGAUCCUAAUAAUUACUAUCAUCUCCACGUUAUUGUGGUGUGCGUGUGGUAGCAACUUCGUGGUAGGUAAUGUGGCGAACCGAGUGGAUCUCAGACACCACGAGCUGGUCCAGUACAACGCGAUACCAUUCAUCAAAAGAGUGAAAAAUUUCUUCUACACGGAUCCACAGAAUAAAGUCAUUGAAGGUAUACAAGCUUUGGACAACCUUCACAGCAAAUCUUCAAUCAACAUAACGGCGGGUGGCGUCGGAUCUACGUUUGUAAAUUUGAGGCUCAAAAGUGAAAGAGGAGGUGCUCUUGAUUACGAUAUUGGAAUCUAUACACGUCCUGAUUUUAUUUAAGUAAAUAAUUAAUUAAUAAGAAUAUA